UUAUUGUUAUUUUUAACUUUCUCAUUGUGCCAUUUUGUUUCUCCUCUGGUCACAGAAGACUGGAGUCUACAGAGAGGAAGAGAGUGCCUGUCUAAAUUCUCUCCUUGAUCUGUAAAUCACUCAUACAUAGCCUAUAGCAGUAUAUGCAUGCAUGAGCACACUGAACUGUUUGGUACCUGAUGAGGUAUUCACACUGUCACUCAUACUGCUCCACUGUGAAGAUGUUCUCAUUUACAGAGGGCUGUAAUGUUUCAGGUGGCUGUCGUGGAUAUUGUCGGCUGCAGACAAGAUCGUGUAACAUUGAGAAGGGUGAGGCUUAGCGAGCACUCUGCCUCAAAUCUUAAAGGGCACAAUUUGUAUUACAUAUAUUGUAUAUUAAUAGUACUGUUACCUGACAUCCACCUGGCCCUGUCCUGGUGAGGCACCGGGUGGGUUGGCAGCUCUUUUUUUUGUUGGUUUGUGAAGUGGGAAGCUUGCUAAGUAAGGACACUGCAGUUGUUGCGAGGGCUAAAAGUCUUAGUCUUGCGGACAAAGCCAACAUUUCUGUGCAAUGAGAUGCGUCUUGUCCUCUACUGAAGCACAUUUUAAUAAGAGGCCGGAGUUCUGUUUUCUUGGUUUGGCUUCCCACAUAAGGUCUAGAUUUUUGUCUCCCAACUGCUUGAAAAGAUGGUCUCUCUGUGGAAUUAGGCCAAUUAUUUCCAACUUUUACAACAGUGCGCUCACUCUGUACCUUGAUAAUUAGGUUCACAGGUUCUCUAAGGAGUGUCACUCAACUUUAGCUGUCUUGUCCCUGUGGAAAAGAUGAGGAAAAAGAAUACUGAGCUUUCCUCUGAGGUUGCGUCUAACCAGUCUGUUAAUUAAUAAUUUUUCCUUUUUGUGGAUGAUAUUUUUAUAGCCAUCCUUUGGUGGACGGUGUUAUAUUUUGUCUCAUUAUAUGAUUGCAUUUUCUUUUGUGGCAACAUAUUUUAUUCCCUGUUUAAUACUUAUGUGGAAAAAAUAUUUAUUUUUGAAUGACCAUAGCAGCCACUGGCUUUGUAAUGCUGUAGAUGUGUGUCCUCAGGUGUCCUGCACAUGUGUCGAUGGUGUAUGUCUCUUUUAUAGGUCUGGUGUACAGAGCAGAACACUGCAAGCCGCUGCUCCUCCUCAAAAGUUUCUGAAAUGAUCUGGGAUGUCUGUCAGACUCCCUCCUGUGGGUGUGGUAUGCCCUUUGUUUACAUUGAAAGGCUUUUUAAUCACACUAUACACAUACAGUUUGAUCUCUCACACAGUGACCCAACAAACAAAGCCAUACAUCAAGGUUUCCAGAAGCAUCUUCUGCAUAUUUUGCCAUAAGAGUAAUAGCAGGUAAGAUUGUGUAUUUAAUAUUUCCUCAAUAUUUCAAGCGCACCAUUCAUACAUUUGUAUUGUCCUGAAUAAUAGAUGCUUCUAAUAAAGCAACAAGAUAAUUGAAAAUAGUGCAAUAUGGAUACCAGCAGUUUGAAAAUGGCUUUGUUUGUCAUUAAAUCUGAUCAUUUAAGAGUUUUUACAUAAUUGAAUAGUUAAACGGGACGUAUUAUGCCCUUGUGUUCGUUGAUGAUUAAUUAUUGGCCAGAGCUCAAGCAGCUUUUUAUCAGCUAAAGUAAAACUGCGGCAUGUGAAUUAUGACUUUUAUUGCUCGGUAGACUAAUUUGAUCACAGAGAUAACAGAGAUACAUUUUCUUGUGUUGAGCUACGAGCAGAGCAGCUUCUUCACUCUUAUUUUAGUUUUAUACUCUGAGUUAAUCUCUCACCGCCUCGUGUCAAUUGGGCAGGUGUGGCUGCUUGUUGUCUUGGAUGUCGUGCCGAUUAAACUUUGAAAAUUUAGCAACAGUUAAACAAAGAUGCAGCCUUCAAAGCCUCUGGCUCCUGUGCACAUACUGGUUUUGGUUGUUUGCAAAGCUACUUUGAUGCAACUAGUUAAUUUAUUUUUAUGCAUUUUAUAGUUAUAUAUGGCUGGUUUAAACUACUGUAUAAUGGUUUAAGAUUAAAAUGUUUGCCUACUGCCUUAUUUGGGCAUCCUGUGACAAGAAAGACGUAAUUUGAGUUGUAAUUUUUUAAAAUGUAUACGCUGAAUGCCAGCAGCAGCUGUAAGUGCUUCUGUUUAGGAGCAAAAAUAUGGGCAAUUCAUAUACACAUGAUCUGCAAAUACUUGAAUAAAAAUAAAGUGACUGGGACAAUGAACAGUAACCAAAGCAGACACCUCGUCACUGAGUCAGAGUUGUUGCCCACAUCACACCUACUGCACGUCCUAUUUAUAUUCUACAGUUUAUUGAAGUUUGGUUGGAUACGAACCCUCUUGAUUUUUAUGAUAAUUUUAUGCCUACGUCUGUUACGUGAACACAGUUUUCUUUGUCCCUGUUUUUUAUUAGGCCUAUUUUUAUUGUGUUAAAACAUGUUAAUAGUAACGUAUGCUUUUCCUGCCAUGACAAGUGAAAUGUCUGCUGUGGAAAAGGCCUGUUGAAGCUCAUUUUACUAUCAUAUCAUUGUGUUGUUUUUAUGAAGCAUUUAUGAGUGUUCACCAUUUGGUGGAGCAAUUUGUCUGCAUUUUGAUUUAGAUCCAUCUAUAGAUCUGCUUUAACUGUUGGACACUAGUCACAGCUUGAGCUGAAAAAAGGUUUAAAAUAGAUUUGUUUUCUUCCAGAUUUGUGUGUGCAUGCGUGCGUGCGUGCCUGCACUACUCCCUCUUAGAGACUCCUCUCCUUCUGUAAACAGAGUUCACUGGUCAGACUUUUGCCUGAAUAAGGCAGUGCUCCUCACUUUUUGUCUUGUUAACUCCUUCACCUCCCACUACACAGUUUGUCUGCAGCUCUCUCCAGAUUAAUUGUACCCAAGUGAAAUUUGUAGUUUAAAAGGUAGAGUUUGGUUGAGGGAAUGCCCCAAAAAGUUUAUCCUGACAUCAUCCAUCCAGGACACAAUGACAUGAGGAAGUCUCUCCUGGGAAUGACAGAAACAGCUGGAUAAGGACCUGGUGGGUUUCUCCCGCCUCCUCCUCCUCCUUCCUCUCUUGGGUAGUUCAUGUAAGCAAGCUCUGCUCUCUUUCCAAACAUGGAUCUUUAUAAAGCGCUGCUGUGAGAGGUGUGAUGUCAGGGCUGAGCUCUCACAACUCUGAAGUUUAAACGAGGGUUGAGGAGAGGAGAGCCCUGGACCUUAAGAAGAAGAAGAAGUUCAACGACUGCAACAAGACGUGCAAGAUUACAUCCUGAAAACAGCAGUUGUACAAAGGAGCAGGGCUAUACUAUUUAAGAGUUGUCACUGAAACCCCAAGUGUAGCUCAGACAUGGGGUCAAAAGCUGAUGGCGGAUCUGCAUCUUUGAGCAGUGAAGAACUGGCUGCUAUUGAGGAUGAAGAGGUUCUCAACAAGAUGCUGGACAGUGCAGUAGAUUUUGAAGAGAGACGAAUGAUUCGUUCUGCGUUAAGAAACCUACUUAAGAAAAAGAGAGACAAACGGGAGCAGGAACGAGGGUCGAGGCAGCAGGACUUGAGACAGCAGGGCCUGAGCAAAGGAGGAACAACAGGCGGAGCUGUAAGCACAGGCAGAGCAUCUAUGUACCAGCAGCCAUCAAUAAACAAACCCACAGGACGGUCCUCUCUGUCAGCCGCCACUCCCUUCAACAGGACAGCAGCCAGUAAGGCCAGUCCUGCUGUAACUUCAGCCCCGAUAUGUCCUCCUAGUGCUACAGCACCCAGUACUAAAAAUGUCAAACAGAUGCUUCUGGACUGGUGCAGGGCCAAAACAGAGCCAUAUGAGGGGGUGGACAUCCAUAACUUCUCCUCAAGUUGGAAAGACGGCAUAGCCUUCUGUGCCUUGGUCCACCGGUUCUUCCCUGAUGCGUUUGAGUACUCCAUCCUCAACCCGAACAAGCCCAGGGACAACUUCCAGCUGGCUUUCAGCACUGCAGAGAGGCUGGCAGGCUGCCCCCCUCUUCUGGACGCUGAUGAUUUAAUUCAGAUGGAUGAGCCCGACUGGAAGUGUGUGUACACGUACAUUCAGGAGUUCUACCGCUGCCUGGUGGAGAAAGGCCUGGUCAAAACCAAAAAGCAACCCUAGACGCUAGCUUUCAUGACCAGCUGUGAUUUCAGUCUUGGCCAGGUGUGUUGGACACGCGAGGAAUUUGUCUCUGGUACAGCUGCUCUCAAUGCAUAUGUACAUGGCCUUAUGUAAGAGAGCAGUGUAACCAAUAUAAGGCUGAGAACAGUAGUAAAGAAGUAAUGUGCAAUCAAGCAGAGGAAUGUGCCUUAGGCAUAAAAGUAAAGUACUUUUUGUGUUUUGUUUGAAACUUUUUGAGCACAUUAUGAAAGGUUUAGAUUUGCUGUGUGUAUGUGGCAUGCAUACAGUUAAAGAGGCACUUCAUCAAUGAUCCACUAAUAUUACAUGUGAAUGUUACACAUAUUCUUAUAAUGACACUUUUCUAUUCCAUAUGUUUUAUACUGUGUCUCUGGGGGGACCUUUUUUUUACUGUAACUGUCUGAAAACUAUCCUAUGAUGUCAUUAGGAGUAUUUCAUCUUAGGCUACUACCUGGGUUACUAACACUGGGCAUGGACUUUAAAAUACACGAGGCAUUUACUAGGAGGGAGGGUCAAUUGGAGAUUUGUAAGAUGCCGAGUUUUGGGACUUUUAUCUUGACCUCUGCUCUUAUUAUGUGUCUAUUGUGAGACCCCCACUUUAUUUGUUGGAAUACUUCUGCAAUUCUGUCUUUUUUCACUUACUGAAAUCAUAUCACCUAAUUUAUUUAUCUUAAAAAGGUAACCGCACUAAAGCUACUUUCAAUAAAAACAAUCAGGCUAUCUUAAAAA